AUGACCGGCCCGGCCCAGUCCGGCCCAGCCCAGCCCAGCCUGGCCCAGCCCAGUCCAGUCCGGCCCGGCCCAGCCCCCCCCCAGCCCAGCCCAGCCCAGCCCAGCCCAGUCCUCCAGUGCAGCUCAGUCAUCCCGGGAGGGGGUUGCGAGCGGGACGGACGGACAGGUGCGUCGCCGCGGAAACCGCCCUGCCCGCUGCCCUGCGAUCACGUGAGCCCGCCCCGGCCGCCCCCCGCGGACCUGCCCCUGAGGCCCGGCCACGCCCACGCCCCCGCCCCGCCCAGCGCGCAGCUGCUCCGGCUGCAGCAGCACCAGCAGCAGCUCCUGCAGCUGCAGCAGAGCCGGGAACGCCAGAGGCCGCAGGCGCAGGGGGGGAGAGAGCAGGGACGGCAGAGGCAGCGGGAGGAAGAGGAGCAGCCGAGGCAGCAGGAGGAAGAGGGGAAGGAAGAUGAGGAAGAGCAGCGCAGGCGGCAGGAGAAACAGGAGCAGGAAGAGGGGGAGGAGCGGAGCAGGCGGGAGCAGCAGGAGAAAAAGGAGCAGGAAGCGGAGGAACGGCACCGGCAGGAGCAGCAGAGGCAGUUGGAGCAGCAGAGGCGGGACCUCCUCCAGCUCCAGCUCCACCUGCAGCAGCAGCAGGUGGAGGAGCAGAAACGCAGGAGGCAGAUCUUGCAGUGGCAGCAGGAGCUGGAGCAGCAGCAGCAGCAGCAGCAGCAGAAACAACAACAACAGCAGCAGCAGCAGCUGAAGGCCCAGACCACGGUCCUGCUGUCCCCCUCCUCUGGCCUCUGCACCAUCUACGAGGCCAUGGAGACCAGCGAUGAGGAAGAGGAGGCUGAGGUAGAAGAGCUGGUGAAAGAAGCUGGACAGAGGUGUGAGGAGAGGGCCACGGAGGAAGAAGACGGAGGUGAAGACUCCCCCUCUCGCGGGGUCUCCGUCGCCCCCGAUUCGCCCAUAAUGCCCGAGCGUCCGGAGCAGCAGCGCCCAAUCCCGCCAGACAGCCCCCUGGCCUCCCCCUCCGGCGCCCCGCCCCGCCCGCAGCUGGACCUGGACUGGAGCAAGAAGGUGGACAUCGUCCAGCAGCUGAUCAACGAGACGCUGCUGCUGACGGGGGAGGGCUGCCCCCCCCUCCUGCUGCUGCCGGGCGGGGGCGGGGGCACCCUCAGCCCCCUGGAGAGCAGCCUGUGGCCCACCCUGCUGCCCCCGCUCACCCCGCCCUCUGCCACGGUCACCUCCGUCAGCAGCUUCUCCCCCGAGGACCAGGGAAGCUCCCCCCAGGGCGAGUGGACCGUGGUGGAGCUGGAGACCCAUCACUGA